AUGGUCUGGAACAGUCCGCCAUAUCAAUACACUAAUUAUGGAUCGAUAAACGACGAACACGGAGAGCAGGAGGAAGGUUCGGAAAGUGCUGCGGAAACCGUAGAGAAGCAGCACGACGACGAAGAAAAGGAAGAAGAAACUAGUGACGGUGGAGUGGCGAGCAGCCGAAGCAACCAUCAGAAGAAGCAGAACGAAGAGAAAAAAAGUAGAGAAAAAAUGGACGAUGAAGAUAUUAUAACCAUUGCCCGGUCAUCUAGACGUAUCUGUGGAUCAGCCGCUUCGAGCUCGGAUUCUGAAACAGCCGAUGACAAGAAGGACCUUCACACGCCGUACGACUGGAUAUGCCUGGCGACAAACCGGCCAACACUCGUGGCAUUUCUGAUGCUUGUAGUGGCAGCGGCGGGGAACACAAUUACACUAUCAUGGAUUCAUGAACGGUAUCCGCUGACGGCUCCUCUACCAGAUAUAGUGUUCGAGUUGACCACAAAGAUACCAUGGGGACUUCGGUUAUGUGAGAAUCUGAUGAUAGGAUCAUUCGCUUCGCUUCUUGUACUUAUUCUGUUCCAUAGGCAUCGAUGGAUUGUUCUCCGGCGUCUCUGUUUCAUCGGAUCGAUUCUUUACGGUAUGAGGUGUAUCACUAUGAUGGUGACACCUGUACCAAAAGCUGAUGAAGAUUUUCAAUGCUCGCCACGGCUUGGUGAGAACGCAACGUUCUCGUUAAUAGUGAUGCGAGGAAUCUGGAGUAUGUUCGGUUUGGGACUCAAUUUAUUCGACAACCAAAAAGUAGUACUUUGUGGCGACUACAUCUACAGUGGACAUACAUUAGUUUUAGUUGUGUCGGCUCUGUUUAUUGGAGAAUAUUCCCCACGGCGGUUCUACAUUCUUCAUUGGCUAUCAUGGCUUGUCUGUGCAGUCGGUGUGGUCUUUUUAGUUCUGUCCCAUGGACACUACACAAUUGAUGUCAUUCUAUCGUACUUCGCGUGUACACGAGUCUUCUGGGCAUACCAUACACAGGCGGCGCAUCCUUCCAUAAGGCUGUCCGUACAAAACCAUCAAGCGAAAGAGUUUUGGUUCCCAAUGCUCCGGUGGUUCGAAGGAGACAUUCGACGUCCGGUGCCACGUAGAUUCGACUGCCCCAUAUCGUACUCCCAAGUGUGCAAUGCCUUCCGGCGCGUUCGUCCGCGUGGAAGCCGGACCGGAAGUGCUCGACCGGCAUUCGAAUGA